AUGUUCUCGUGCUUCAUUGUUCGCAAUAUUCUAAUUUCUCUCAAGACUCUUUUAGCAUCUAUUUCAUCUCUCACCAGGUGGAGCUUCUUAAUAGCCACUUUCUAGUAAUCAGGGUCUGUCUAUUUCUUAUCAAUAGCCAAUGCAACAUGUCCAUAUGCACCAGCCCCUAGUAAUUUUUUAACAUCAUAUCUAGGCCCUACAUUAAAUUGA